AGUCGCGGCGAGGUGGCUGCAAACUCACGGGCACGCACGGCGCUCUCAGAGCCGAGGGACUCGGGGGAGGGGACGCGCGCAAGCCGCUGGCAGCCAACCGCCUAGGUUGAAGACACCCGGGGCCCAGAGCAGGGCAGAGCCUUGGCGGCUGCGGCUUCCCUUUUCUCUCUCAGCUGAGCUCCGGAGAGACUCGGGGACUGGCCCUAAAAAAGAGCAGGAAAUCUUGUUUACCGCCCGGGGAGAGGAGCCCAUCGAGCCUUUGUUUGGAAAGUCAGCAUCGCCUGCUCCCGCGGCAAUGUGUUCCUGGUGACAUUAACCCACGGUAGACGGGUAGGAGAAAAAGGGGGCUCGCCAGGUUCAGCUCUGCUUUCGGAGGAGGAUCCAGAGGAGACUUUUGUGCGUUUGUUUGAAUUUGUGGAAAUCCCUUUUCCUCCUCCUUUUGCCUCUCUUGCCCGCCGCCGGGCAUGUCCUGAUCUGGUGGCCGCGCCUACCAGCCCGGGGCUGCUGAUCCGAGCUGUCUCCCGCGGGUCUCCCUCCCUCAGUGCCUGACUUUGCAAUACCGAGAGGGCUGAUCUCUGCGAGGAAGGAGGCGGGGGAGUCACAGACACCGGGACCCGAAGCUUGACAUGCUCCGGGGCGGACCGGAGGCAGUUAGGAGCUGAGCGCACCACCGGGGCUGCUUCGCUUGCCGGUUCCCAGCGUCUUUGCCCUCCUCUGGGCUCCAGCCUUGCUCAUCUGUUGGGACGCCCCCUUCUUUCCCGAGGUCUGCGGCCGGCAGGAACAUGCUGCUCAAGGAGUACCGAAUCUGCAUGCCGCUCACCGUGGACGAGUACAAAAUCGGACAGCUGUAUAUGAUCAGCAAACACAGCCAUGAGCAGAGUGACCGGGGAGAAGGGGUAGAGGUCGUGCAGAACGAGCCCUUUGAGGACCCUCACCAUGGCAACGGGCAGUUCACUGAGAAGCGAGUGUAUCUCAACAGCAAGCUGCCUAGUUGGGCCAGAGCUGUUGUUCCCAAAAUAUUUUAUGUGACCGAGAAGGCGUGGAAUUAUUACCCAUACACCAUCACAGAAUACACUUGUUCCUUCCUGCCGAAAUUCUCCAUCCACAUAGAAACCAAGUAUGAAGACAACAAGGGAAGCAACGAUAGUAUUUUUGACAGUGAAGCCAAAGACCUCGAGAGAGAAGUGUGCUUCAUCGAUAUCGCCUGUGAUGAAAUUCCAGAACGCUACUACAAAGAGUCUGAGGAUCCUAAACACUUCAAGUCUGAGAAGACAGGCCGAGGGCAGCUAAGAGAAGGCUGGCGAGACAACCAUCAACCCAUCAUGUGCUCCUACAAGCUGGUCACCGUCAAGUUCGAGGUGUGGGGCCUUCAGACCCGAGUGGAACAAUUUGUGCACAAGGUGGUCCGAGACAUCUUGCUGAUUGGACACAGACAGGCCUUUGCGUGGGUUGAUGAGUGGUACGAUAUGACAAUGGAUGAUGUUCGGGAAUACGAGAAAAACAUGCAUGAACAAACCAACAUAAAAGUUUGCAAUCAGCACUCCUCCACUGUGGAUGACAUAGAGAGCCAUGCACAGACCAGUACAUGACAAUGGAUGAAGUGCGAGAGUUCGAAAGAGCCACUCAGGAAGCCACCAACAAGAAGAUUGGCGUUUUCCCACCGGCCAUUUCUAUCUCCAGCAUCGCCCUACUGCCUUCCUCGGUGCGCAGCGCCCCCUCCAGCGCCCCAUCCACCCCUCUCUCCACAGAUGCGCCAGAAUUUCUGUCCAUUCCCAAAGACCGGCCCCGGAAAAAAUCUGCUCCAGAGACGCUCACACUUCCAGAUCCGGAGAAAAAAGCCACCCUGAAUUUACCUGGCGUCUACACUUCCGAAAAGCCAUGUCGGCCCAAAUCAGAGUAACUCGGUCUGAACAUCCCUUUGGGUCCUUUGUUUUCAUUUGUGGCUUUUUUUUUUUUUUUUUUUAAAGAAUUCUCUGGACGAGGAAAAGACUGCCUCCUUCACUCAGAUGUGUUCUUGGAUCUCAGACAAUGCAUGUGGUUAAAUAAUCUCACAGAUAGCAAGAACCCCUACGUGUGCCACACAGCAUCAUAGUGAAUGUGAAAAGUAUGAUUUAGGGAAAACAAAAAACAAAAAAAAAAAACAAAAAAACGAAAGGAAACAAAACAGGAGGGGCUGAGGACACCGCUCAGUGGGUAGAGCUGCUACAGCUACUGUGGAACCCGGGGUUCCAUCCCAGCCAUGGUAACCAGGCAGGAGGAUCAGAAGUUCAGGGUCAACCUCAGCUACAUACAGAGUUUGAGGCCAGCCUGAGUUAUUUGAGACACUGUCUCAAGAACAAUCAAACAAAACCCACAGAAUCUUCUCUAGCUUUAGAUGUGGACCAGGGAGGAAGCCUUGUUUUGGGGGCUUUGGUGAGUCUGAUGUGGACCUCAAUGGUAAAAGGGUAAAUGGAUGAGAAAACUUUUUUUUUUUUUUUUGGUAAGGUGUGGUAAAUUAAUGAUGUCAGUUUCCUCCCAUCAAACCUGAAAUUCUCAACAACAACAAAAAAAAAAAAAAAGAAAAAAAAAUACUCUCAGGUGUCACAUGCCUAAUUGUUCUCUUUUGGGACUGCUGACUACCAAUACUUGAAUUCCAGUUGUUAUCAAUAUUCCUAUUUUGAUUUAGUCUGACUCAGGAUUUGGAGCCUGAUUAACUUCUUAAAUUUUUGAAAAUUUUAAUAACCAACUUCUUGAGGCUCCAAGUGCAAUUAAUGAUAAUGUCUUUAUACCUUUUCACAAAAUUUAAUAAAGCACCCAUCUGUUUGCGUCUCUUCGCUUCCCCUUUUUGUGCCCUGGUGGCUUCUCAAAUCUUGCCUGGAUGACUUAUGACCACAACUAAUACAAUGUGGAAUAUUCCGGAAACAGAGAGCCCCAGGUGAGACAGACAUCUUCUCUUCAGGGACCUGCAAAGUUUGACUUGUGAGCUUCAUCCAUAACGAUUCUCAGAAAUUUCGACAAGCUAAGUAGAAUUCAUUGACAGUCUCCCACUUGAGGAAAUUGAGGAUAGACUAAGGGACCCGGGUUUAACUAGCCAGUGUCUGAACCACACAGAAGAGAAGCCACGCCUCCUGGUUUACUCUUAGGAACACCCAGAUAUUCCUGGAAAUGGUUUGCCCAUCACCAGGCUUUAGGAAGCACCACCAUUCUCUUAGGCCUUCCUUAUAAUCUAAAUAUCGGGGGCCAGGGUGUAACUCGAUUGUAGAGUUCUUGCCUAACAUUCAGGAGGCCCUGGGACUGAUCCAUAACCCUGCAAAAAAGGAAAUAAUCCAGCUAUUGCCUGUGUCCCUGGAAUCCAGUAAAUACAGGCAGGCGGGAGGAGUGGAAUCGCAGGCUCCUAUUUGUACAGAGGUGUGAUCAUAAAUGUCCCUUUUUGUCUUGCUCUCAUUGCUGAAUGAAGGGGACAUGUAUGCCGACAGCUGGUGAGGUCAGUAGGUCAUCAAAGUGGCAGAAAGAGAAAUCUGUCACCCUUACACCUCACUGCCUUUAAACCCACAAGGAAGGGAAGCAGAUAGAGCAAUGCAGGUGGCUGGGGAGCUCCAGAGCCCAUGUCCUAGCUGUCCCUUCCUGACUCGUGACCUUCAACCUCAGGAAAGGAAAUGCCCCCCCCCCCCCCAAUCCAGAUCCCAAAGGAAGCAAAACAGACCAGGGAGUAUAUUCUCCUUCCCUGACACCUCCCAGCCGGUGGACCCUGCCUGCACCCUCUCUUCAGUCUCCACAUUCUGCAACAUCUCUGGGGUUCACGCCCUCUCCCAUGGCCCAGAUGCUGGCCCCUCAAGCCUAGCACCAAAGUGUUUAGAGUGUCUAGAUCAUUUCUUGUCUAUAGAUGGACAUUGCGCCCCAGUACUCAAAGGAAAGCAAUUACAAGUAGAUUACCAUAACAGCGCAUCUUUUCCUUAAGGUGACAGUACCAUAGUAGGGUACCCUUCUUUGCAUGGUAUGGAAGCAUGAAUCUUGCUUGUGGGAAAACCGUAAUCUUUUCUCAAACCCUUUGAACUCCUCAGUGGUUCCCUCCCCCAUGCAGCUGUACUCAGUGAGAAUGUCUGGCUUUCAAAAGCAAAAUUCCACUUUCAGAGGACGCGGAAUUCGCGUCUGUACCUGCUUACCAUUUGCAAGCUGAUGCGGGCUGGGGUGGGCUCCUCGGUUUUCGUGUAGUACAAGUUGAUUUUGCGCAGGUGGCUAGCCCAUCUGGCACCUAGUUUUUCCAGUAACACCACGCCACUCUUCCUUUCUAUAGCCGCUUCCAUUGUCAAGGUCAACAAUCUGGUUCACUUUCAAAAGGCUACGUUCUCAUUCCCUUCCUGUGAGUUCUCUCUCCUUUGUAGUCAGCCCGGGACUUUUGACACCAACUGCAGCGCUAACCUAUGAUAAUGUGAUUCUUAACCAACGCCUAUGUGUUCAGUUUUUCUGUCUACAUGUGGUUUGCCUGUGUUACAAAUAGGGAAGGGGUGGGAUUCUGGAUAUAUUUCAUUAGCUGCUUUGAAUAUUUAAUCCAGUCAUCACAAAGCAUAAAUGACUUCGAUAUUUUCUGAACCUUGAUUUCCAAGUGUCGUUUCGCUUUGUCCUUAUGUGAAUCUGCUAUUGCGGGAUCCAAGCAUUUGAGGAAUAUGUAUAUAGAACAUGAGUAAUUCUUGUGAGGAUGGAAACAAAAUGGAUGCAUGACGGAAAUUUAGGAAGAAAAAAAAAAAAGCAGAACUUGAAUUGCUAAGCAUGUUUGAGGGGGAAAUAGAAUCCUUAACUCAGUGCCUAUGUCUGCCAUGUGAAAUCCUUCAGCUUUGUGCACCAAAACUGUAUCAUACCUGUACAUAUAUAUACAUGUAUAAAAGGCAGUAUAGCAAGUCACACACCACCAGUCCUAAAUCUCUGGUGGUCAAACUGAAAUAGUUGCCCAUAGGAUAACACAUAUGUUUACCCCUCUUCAUAUCUGAUGGUGGCAGAUGCCACUAAAAUGGCCACAUGUGUCUUGACUCCAGGUGGCUUCCGAAUAGGAAAUAUCCCUGCGAUCUUGGUGUGGCAUGGCAGCAGCAUCUCUCUCUCUGCGCUUUCCUGGGUCAAGGUUUUGUGGUGUUUUUAUUGUAUAAAGUUUGUCUGAAACCGCCCCCAAGGAGGGUUUCCUUUUAUGCUGUAGUAAGAGAAAGCAAAGGAAAAAGAAACUGUGACAUUUUUUGUUGUCAGUUUGUUGGUGGACCCUGUUACCAUGGCUUCACAUCUAAGUGGGGACUAUUUUAACUUAUUUACAGGUAUAUGGUGUGGAAAUAAGUUAGCUCAAUUGUGGAUAUAAUGAACAUCCACACACAGACACAUACACACACACAUACAAAUAAAUAAAAAUUUAAAAGUAAAAUACACAACCUCAUGCUAAAACUAGUCAUGUGGUUUUUCUUUCAUGGCUCAUAACAAACUUUAAGAGGCAUUUUGAUAAGAACUCUCUUCAGUGCUCUGAGACAACAGGGUAACAGGACACCAGCUGGCUUAGAUCGAUGGGAACUUUGCUUUUGAAAAGGGCCAGCAUAUAGUUAAUUGAUUAUACUUUUGAUCUAUAAGCAAAUAAUCCAAUGGAGAGUGACUCUCUAAAUAGUUUCCAAACUUUUCUGGUCACCUGACUAGUAGGCUAGAUGACAUUCUGCCAUCUAAGCCAUAGCUGUAAAAAAAUAAAAUAAAAAUAUAAAUCCUGGCCUGUGCUAUAAGUUGACAUGAAUAAAGUAUAUUAAGCUCUUUAUUCUUGGUGAGACCAAAGUGUGGCACUGUGUUGACACCAUGGGCAGACACAGGACACCUUGGGUUCUUCUGUAUUCCACCUUCAAAGCGGUCUGUCUGAGUAUGAUAUCUUACUGCUCAAGAUCCACAGGACUUCACGAUGUAAGAGGGUGUGACUUCAUGGAGAACCUCACAGUCCAUGUCCCUUCACUGUAACCCCAUUUUAAUGAAUGCUUAGACUAAGCCUCCCCACCUUCUUGCUUUUCGAGUUCAAACUGUAUCUGCAGAAUUUCAAGUCUCCCGUUCGGUUUCCCAGUGUCCCUGAGAAGAGAAGAGGUUCUUUUCUACGCCCUUGCCAGUGUCAUUUCAGUGUUUACAUUUUCGAGCUGAGACCUUGAUCGGCUAACUUAGUCAAAAUACCACUGCCACCGCUGAAGGACCAGGUGUUCGAAUGCACAGUGUUGCAAGCAACGCAAGCGAAAGUGACCCUCACACACACAGCCCUCUGUGUCCUUUUAUGGCUGUUCUGUCGUCGAUGCCAACCCCCAAUUAUUUAUUAUUGUUAAUAACUUACUUUUUCUUACAUUCUGUUGUAAAUAAAGUAUGAAGCAAUCUUC